AAAAUAAACUAUUUCUUCUCAAGGAAGUGACAAUCCAACAACCGUUGAUCAAGAUCAAACGUUAGGUGACUCAUAGAAACUGCGCGCUUAAAGACAAAUGAGAAUGUCAUUGUAAUGCUCCGCAACCAUUCCCUCAUUCCUCAAACACCACUCUUUCUAUCUUCCAAUCCUUCAUUCUCAAUCCCCUUUCCUCGCUAUAACAAUUCUCUUAUCCUUUCUACCAAUACCCAAUCUCUCUCUUUCACACUUCAAUCCAAAUUAUACAUGGCUCAAGAAGGAGAUAAUGGGUCUCCAAAAUCAUCGCCAUAUGAAGAAGCAUUGGAAGCCUUGUCAUCUUUGAUUACUAAACGCACUCGUGUUGGUGAUGUCAAUAUGGAGGAACGAUUCCUCGUGUUAUUCGAGUACUUAAAGAUGCUUGAAUUGGAAGAGGCGAUUUCGAAUUUGAAGAUUAUCCAUGUUGCUGGUACCAAAGGGAAGGGAUCUACAUGCACCUUCACAGAAUCUAUAUUACGCAACUGUGGUUUUCGCACUGGCCUUUUCACUUCUCCUCAUCUAAUUGAUAUACGAGAAAGAUUUCGUUUAGAUGGUGUGGAAAUCUGUGAAGAGAAAUUUUUAGCAUAUUUCUGGUGGUGUUAUGAUAGACUAAAGGAAAAAACCGAUGACAAAGUUCCAAUGCCUACCUUUUUCCACUUCCUUGCUUUACUCGCCUUCAAGAUAUUUUCAGAAGAGCAGGUGGAUGUUUGCAUAAUGGAGGUUGGGUUAGGUGGCAAAUACGAUGCAACAAAUGUGGUGCAGAAACCUAUUGUGUGUGGUAUAACUUCUCUUGGGUAUGACCACAUGGAAAUUCUUGGGAAUACUCUUGGAGAAAUUGCUGGUGAGAAGGCGGGAAUCUUAAAGCAUCGAAUUCCAGCAUUUACAGUUACUCAACCUGAUGAAGCAAUGGAUGUACUUAAAGAGAAGGCUUCUCAGUUGAACGUACCUCUUCAAGUGACAUCCCCGUUAGAUGCCAAAUUACUAAAUGGUUUAAAAUUAGGGCUUGAAGGUGAGCACCAAUAUGUUAAUGCUGGUCUUGCUGUUGCAUUAUGCUCUACAUGGAUGAAUAUAAAUGGCCAUCUUGAAGAGUCUCAUUUGAAACAGAUUCAACACACUUUGCCAGAGCAGUUCAUAAACGGUUUAACAACUGCAAGUCUGCAAGGAAGAGCUCAGAUUGUUCGUGACGAACAUGUCAACAACAAAAUCUCAAAUGAACUUGUCUUCUUUUUAGAUGGGGCUCAUAGUCCUGAAAGCAUGGAAGCAUGUGCAAAGUGGUUUUCUCUUGCAAUCAAAGACCAGAACCAGACCUUGUUUCAUCAGAUAGCUGAUAAUUCCAGGUUCUCAAAUAAAGUGGUGAAGACGCACCAAAGUGAAACACAAAAAUCUGCACAGAUUUUGCUGUUCAAUUGUAUGUCUGUACGCGAUCCUCAGUUACUUCUUCCUCACUUGAUGAAAACUUGUGCUGAUCAUGGUGUGUACUUCAAGAAGGCGCUAUUUGUGCCUGGUUUAUCAAUGUACCACAAGAUUGGAUCCCAUGCUUUAACACCAAGUGAUUCUAACAUUGACCUGUCAUGGCAGUUCACUCUACAAAGAGUAUGGGAAAAUCUCAUGCAAGGGAACAAAGCAGGCAAGAAUAAUAGUGCAGCUUCUGAAGAAUUAGCUGGUAUGGAAAUGAGUGUCAGCAAUUGUGAACACAGUGCAGUGUUUUCCUCAUUGCCACUGGUUAUCAAUUGGCUUAGGGACAGAGUGCAACAAAACCAGUCAACUCGCUUUCAGGUCCUUGUAACUGGUUCCAUACAUCUUAUUGGUGAUGUGUUGAAAUUGGUAAAAAAGUGAUCCUCUGGACCAAAUUGAAAGAUUUUUUUAUUUUCGGAUUUCUAAGCAAUGAAGUCCUAUUAUUAUUCUCGAUGAUAUCAAACCUGGUAUCUGUGUUCGCAGCUCAUUGAGUGUGGUUUGGAAACUGCUAAUAGAAUGUUAUCAACGCAAGAACAUUUUUGGUUAUGGACAUUUGAUGGAUUCAUUGGUUUACAUCAGCAUCAGCUUGGUAAUUUUCUUUGUGGGGUCUUUCAAUCUUAGUUGGAUAAGGUUUGUCGUUGGUUCGAUCUUAAUUUCACUCUAGUUGAAAGCGAAAAGGGUGGAUUGUAAGGGAGGAGAUUAAGUUGCUGCACUUGCAUGUAAUCUUAUACUACGAAUCUGGCUUUCUAAAUUGAUUGAAUGGUCCUCUUGGACUGCUAUUUUUUUGUAGACAAACUUGGGUUGUACUCUACGAAAAAAGACAGUAAAUACGCUGUUAUAAAGUUAACUAAAAUGUAAAAACAAUUGGAUUUAAUUCAUAAUCAUUGGAUUAUUAAAAA